AAGUGACGGAUCUAUUUUCAACGGGAGGUUGGACAGAUAGAAGAGCGUCACACAGAAAGCAAAGACACUGGGGGAUAAAACACACUGUCCUCCUCUACAGUUCACGGAAUUUACCUGUUUUCACGCGGAUAUUUUCGCAUGCCAACAUCGGAUAUUUAUGAACAUCUGCACCGGUUUAAAUCAUCUAGCUUGAGGCGAAAAAGAGAGCAGUAAUGGAUCAGAAUCUAUUUGGUGGGGUUCCACGCUUCCUAACUCGACCCAAGGCCUUCUCGCUGAGUGUGGGACGAGAUGCCUCCCUCAGUUGCACUAUUGUGGGAAACCCUGUACCUGUAGUAACCUGGGAGAAAGACAAACUGCUUCUUUCUACAGGGGGACGCUUCAAAACAGUCGAGGAUGGUGACGUUUACCGACUUACCAUCUACGAUCUAACUCUAGAAGACAGCGGUCAGUACAUAUGUCGUGCCAAGAACAAUGUCGGAGAGGCAUAUGCAGCUGUGACCCUGAAGGUGGGAUUGCCGGAAACUGUGGUAGAGCGUGCUCCAGUGUUUAUAGUGAAGCCUGUCUCCACCCGUGUUGGUCUAGGAGGUGAUGUUACCUUCUAUUGUCGUGUGGCAGCCCAUCCAGCGCCCAACUUUGAUUGGGAAAAGGAUGGCCGCUACCUGGGUGAGAGCAACCGCAUCAAGAUAACCUCAGAAAAUGAAUCCAGUUCCUUGAGGAUCCAGAGCGCCAGGAGCUUGGACAGUGGUACCUACACCUGCCGUGCGCAGAACUCCAUUGGCCGCUCUCAGUCCGCUGCUACUCUGGUGGUGGACCUCCAAGAUACUCGUCUCCUCAAUGCAGACAAGAGCACAUCACUCCUCUCCCACAUGCAGAAGCGGAAAGAAGAGAUGCGGAAGGAUAUCUCUUUCUACCGCACCAUGGAAAGUUCCUCAGCCUCGCUCACAGCAUCUUCUUCCAUGAUCACAGAGGAACUUGGAAGCUCGGGACUUGCCUAUGAUCAGGAGCAGAGGUUUUCGGCCUUAACCAGCAUGUUGCCCAAAGGCGUGUUUACCCGAACAUGCACUGUGACCGAGGGUAAACAUGCAAAGCUUAGCUGUUUCGUCACAGGCCAUCCUAAACCUCAGAUCAUCUGGAGGAAGGAUGGGGGGAACAUCAGCGAGGGCCGCAGACAUGUUAUGUAUGAGGACCAGGCUGAGAACUUCAUCCUCAAGGUGCUCUACUGCAAACAGAGUGAUAAUGGGCUGUACACCUGCAAUGCAUCCAACAUGGCUGGACAAACCUAUAGCGCUGUGCUAGUGAUUGUCAAAGAGCCAAAGAUUCCAUUCAAGAGGAAGCUGCAGGAUGUUGAGGUGAAGGAAAAGGAAACGGCAACUCUGCAGUGUGAGGUACCAGUGUCGCACACAAAGGCUAGCUGGUUUAUGGAGGAGACCCGUCUGGAGGAAAGCACCAAGUACCGCAUGGAUGUGGAGGGUACCCUGCGCCGCCUCACUAUUCACAAUGUCACCACCAACGAUGAUGCCGUCUAUAUCUGUGAGAUGAAGGAAGGCAGUCGCACCGUGGCCGAACUUACAGUGCUGGGCAACAUCACUAAAAAGCUGCCGAGGAGGACAGUGGUGCCGGUUAGCGAUACUGUGAUCUUCUGUGUGGAACUGGAGCAACCAGUAGAUGAUGCAUACUGGACCAGGAAUGGGGAGAAGCUGAAAGAGGACUCCCGAAUUAUUAUCGCCCGCAUUAACAGGCAGUACACACUGACCAUUCGUGAAUGUACCGCAGAGGACUCUGGUGAGGUGGCCUUCAUCGCCCAUGACUGUAAGACCUCCACCCGCUUCUCUGUCACAGCACCGAGGAAACACCCUCCAGAUCCCCCAGUUGAGCCAACGGUGCGGAACAAAACAGAUUCAUCGAUCACACUGUGCUGGUCUCCGCCGGACAGUGAACGGCCUGUGCCCAUAAACGGCUACACCUUGGAGCGCAGGAAGGUUGGAGCCCAAACCUGGAUUAAAGUCACUAGUACGACUGUGUCUAGCACUGAAUAUACCAUCAGCGAAAUCCCAGAGGAGGCGAGCUAUCAGUUCCGUAUCUCAGCGGUCAAUGAUUUCGGUCAGAGUGCCUACUUGGAGGUUCCUGGAACAUUUUAUCUUGAGCCCACAGCGUCAGUGAAGACAGGCCUGGUGAGCUGCAGUGCACAUGCAGGCGAAGAAGCCACCUUCACCGUGGAGCUCUCGAGUGUUUGUUCUGGCUCCUGGACCAUAAACGGCCGAAUGAUCCGCAGCGGAUCUGAGUAUCUGAUCACACGCUCAAAGACCACACACACGCUGGUCAUCAGGGAGGUGUCCAUGGCGCUGAACGGGGCACAGGUGAAGUUUGUGGGUGGCGGAUCUCAGAGCGUUUGCACACUUACUGUGAAAGCUGCACCUGCACGUUUCACCAGUAAGUCUUCUCAGGUUGAGGUAUUUACUUUCAGCAUGCACUCCUCUGCUCAGAUGCACACAGAAGUGUCCGAUUCAAGUGUCCAGGUUGUUUGGAUGAAGAAUGGGAAGGAGCUGAGGAUGGGUAAAAAAUAUGAAGCCACAAGUGUGGAGCGCAAACGCAUACUGACAAUCCACAACGUGGACCAUGAGGACGUGGGCAUAUAUGAAUGCACGUGUGAUGGCGAUAAAAUGUCUUUACAACUUGCCCUUAAAGAAGAACCAGCUAAGUUUGUUAACAAGCCGAGGGCUCAGCCCCAGGAGAGUGACGCUCUGGUGGGUGACGUGGUGUUGAGAUGUGAGGUUGCUUCUCCUGGAACCGCUGUUGUGUGGAAGAAAGAACAGACAGAAAUAACGGAGGACACGAGGACAACUUUUAUCUCUCAGGGGACGCAAAGGAAGCUGGUCAUCAGGGGUGCCAAACAGAGCGAUGAAGGACACUACUCGUGUGAGACGGCAGAGGACAAAAUGACAUUCCUGGUCAAGAUAAAAGAAACUCGGGCUGCUUUCUCCAACAAGGACUCUUAUCAGAAAGAGGUGAAGGUUUCAACUUCCCAGAAGGCCACACUGAGCUGUGAAGUUUCGGAUGCCAAAACUGAGGUGAAAUGGUUCAAGGCUGGCAAGCAGUUGAUCUCCAGUAAGACUGUGCACAUGGAGUCAAAGGGCAAGAGCCGUCAGCUGGUGCUGGAGAACGUGGAGAAGAAAGAUGCUGGAGAAUAUACCUGUGAAGUUGGAAAUGAGAAACUGGUAUUUAAGAUUCGGGUGGAAGACAUUCAAGCCGCCUUCUCCAACAAGGACUCCUAUCAGAAGGAAGUGAAAGUAUCAGUUUCCCAGAAAGCCACACUGAGCUGUGAGGUUUCUGACCUCAAGACUGAGGUGAAAUGGUUCAAGGAUGGCAAGCAGUUGAUCUCCAGUAAGACCGUCCACAUGGAGUCAAAGGGCAAGAGCCGUCAACUGGUGCUGGAGAAUGUGGAGAAGAAGGAUGCUGGAGAAUAUACCUGUGAAGUUGGAAAUGAAAAACUGGUCUUUAAGAUUCGGGUGGAAGACAUUCAAGCCGCCUUCUCCAACAAGGACUCCUAUCAGAAAGAAGUAAAAGUUUCAGCUUCCCAGAAAGCCACAUUGAGUUGUGAAGUUUCUGACCUCAGGACUGAGGUAAAAUGGUUCAAGGAUGGCAAGCAGUUGAGCUCCAGUAAGACCGUCCACAUGGAGUCAAAGGGCAAGAGCCGUCAGCUGGUGCUGGAGAACGUGGAGAAGAAGGAUGCUGGAGAAUAUACCUGUGAAGUUGGGAAUGAGAAACUGCUCUUUAAAAUUCAGGUGGAAGAUGUUCAAGCUGUCUUCACUAACAAGGACUCCUAUCAGAAGGAAGUCAACGUAUCAGUUUCCCAGAAAGCCACACUGAGCUGUGAAGUUUCUGACCUUAAGACUGAGGUGAAAUGGUUCAAGGAUGGCAAGCAGUUAAGCUCCAGUAAGACCGUCCACAUGGAGUCAAAGGGCAAGAGCCGUCAACUGGUGCUGGAGAACGUGGAGAAGAAAGAUGCUGGAGAAUAUACCUGUGAAGUUGGAAAUGAAAAGCUAGUCUUUAAGAUUCGGGUGGAAGACAUUCAAGCCGCCUUCGCCAACAAGGACUCCUAUCAGAAGGAAGUGAAAGUUUCAGCCUCCCAGAAAGCCACACUGAGCUGUGAGGUUUCUGACCUCAAGACUGAGGUGAAAUGGUUCAAGGAUGGCAAGCAGUUGAUCUCCAGUAAGACCGUCCACAUGGAGUCAAAGGGAAAGAGCCGUCAGCUGGUGCUGGAGAAUGUGGAGAAGAAGGAUGCUGGAGAAUAUACCUGUGAAGUUGGAAAUGAGAAACUUGCUUUUAAGAUUCAGGUGACAGACAUCCAAGCUGCCUUUACCAACAAGGACUCCUAUCAGAAGGAAGUCAAAGUAUCAGUUUCCCAGAAAGCCACACUGAGCUGUGAAGUUUCUGACCUUAAGACUGAGGUGAAAUGGUUCAAGGAUGGCAAGCAGUUGAGCUCCAGUAAGACCGUCCACAUGGAGUCAAAGGGCAAGAGCCGUCAGCUGGUGCUGGAGAACGUGGAGAAGAAGGAUGCUGGAGAAUAUACCUGUGAAGUUGGAAAUGAGAAACUUGCUUUUAAAAUCCAGGUGACAGACAUUCAAGCCGCCUUCACCAACAAGGACUCCUAUCAGAAAGAAGUAAAAGUUUCAGUUUCCCAGAAAGCCACACUGAGCUGUGAAGUUUCUGACCUUAAGACUGAGGUGAAAUGGUUCAAGGAUGGCAAGCAGUUAAGCUCCAGUAAGACCGUCCACAUGGAGUCAAAGGGCAAGAGCCGUCAGCUGGUGCUGGAGAACGUGGAGAAGAAGGAUGCUGGAGAAUAUACCUGUGAAGUUGGAAAUGAGAAACUUGCUUUUAAAAUCCAGGUGACAGACAUUCAAGCCGCCUUCACCAACAAGGACUCCUAUCAGAAAGAAGUAAAAGUUUCAGCCUCCCAGAAAGCCACACUGAGCUGUGAAGUUUCUGACCUUAAGACUGAGGUGAAAUGGUUCAAGGAUGGCAAGCAGUUAAGCUCCAGUAAGACCGUCCACAUGGAGUCAAAGGGCAAGAGCCGUCAGCUGGUGCUGGAGAACGUGGAGAAGAAGGAUGCUGGAGAAUAUACCUGUGAAGUUGGAAAUGAGAAACUUGCUUUUAAAAUCCAGGUGACAGACAUUCAAGCCGCCUUCACCAACAAGGACUCCUAUCAGAAAGAAGUAAAAGUUUCAGCCUCCCAGAAAGCCACAUUGAGUUGUGAAGUUUCUGACCUUAAGACUGAGGUGAAAUGGUUCAAGGAUGGCAAGCAGUUGAGCUCCAGUAAGACUGUCCACAUGGAGUCAAAGGGCAAGAGCCGUCAACUGGUGCUGGAGAACGUGGAGAAGAAGGAUGCUGGAGAAUAUACCUGUGAAGUUGGGAAUGAAAAGCUGCUCUUUAAGAUUCAGGUUACGGAGCUCAAAACUGCCUUCACCAACAAGGACUCCUAUCAGAAAGAAGUUAAGGUUUCAGCCUCCCAAAAAGCCACACUGAGCUGUGAGGUUUCUGACCUCAAGACUGAGGUGAAAUGGUUCAAGGAUGGCAAGCAGUUGAUCUCCAGUAAGACCGUCCACAUGGAGUCAAAGGGCAAGAGCCGUCAACUGGUGCUGGAGAAUGUGGAGAAGAAGGAUGCUGGAGAAUAUACCUGUGAAGUUGGGAAUGAGAAACUGUUCUUUAAGAUUCAAUUGGAAGAUGUCACUACCAAAUUCCAGAAGACAUCCGUGACAAAAGAAACUGUGAUGGUCGAGUCAACAGAGAAGGUUGUCUUAAAAACUGAGGUGAUGUCAGAGAGUUGUAGUGUUAAGUGGUUCAGGGAUGGAGUGGAACUAAAAGAUGGAUCAAAAUAUGAGAUGAAACAGGAAGGUCGCUCGCGUGUCCUAAUCGUUAAGUCUUCUGAAUCCAAAGACAGUGGCACAUACUUCUGUCAGACCGCUGAUGACAAGGUGGAGUUCAAGGUUCAGGUCAAAGAGGCACCUUUAAAAUUUGUGGUGCCAUUGCAGCCAGUAUCUGCAGUACUAGAAAGCACCAUGACCCUUUCCUGCAGCCUCAACAAAGCCACAAGUAAUGUCCUCUGGAGGCAUAACGGCAAAGAAAUCAAACCGGGCGGCAGAUUCAGCAUCCGCACUGAUAGCACCAACUGCAUCUUGAUUGUCUCUGCUGUGGCUCAGGAGGAUGAAGGGGAGUACAGCUGCGAAUGCAAAGAUGACAAGACCACCACCAAAGUCACCACUAAAGCUCCACGUCUGGUGAGGUUCACUACCAAGCUGAACAAUGUUGUUGCAAAUGAAGGCAAAGAAGCCAUCUUCAAAUGCUCUAUCACACCAGCCGAUGUGAGUGUCAGAUGGCUGCGUAAUGACGUUCCUAUAACAGCUAGUCCCAAAUUUAAGAUCGCUCAUGGAGGAAGCAGCCACUCCCUCACCAUCACAGCUGUCACUCAGGAGGACGCGGGAGAGAUCAGUAUUGAUGCCGAGGGGAAAGUGUGCAAAGCCACACUCCAAGUACAACAGCUUCCUGUCACCUUCAAGAAGAAGCUUGCAGAUGUGACUGUGCAGGAGCAGGACACAGUUCGGUUGGAAGUGGAGCUGAGUAAACCCUCAUCAGAUGUGAAGUGGAUGAAGAAUGGAGUGGUUUUACAGCAAGGAGGAAAUCUGGAGAUUCAUGUGGAUGGUGCCAAGCAGACUUUGGUCCUCAAGAGUGUGGCAUAUGCUGACAGAGGAUAUUACUCAUGUGAAACCCUAGAUGACAAGACCCAGGCCAAACUGACAGUAGAGAUUAAGAAGAUUCAAGUAGUAAAAGGCCUGAAAGAGAUGAAAGUACAAGAAAAAGAGACUAUCACUAUGGUGGUGGAGCUCAGCAAGGCUGAUGUAGAAGGAUCCUGGAGCAAAGAUGGAAAGAAACUGAAGGCAGGACCCAAUAUCAUCAUUACAGCACUGGGCAACAAGCAUAGUCUGACUAUGUCCCAACUGAAGAUAACUGAUGGUGGAGCUAUUACCUUUCAAGCUGAGGAUGUCCAUACUUCUGGAAAACUAAUUGUUACAGAGCCGGCUGCGAAGAUCCUCAAACCUCUACGGGAUAUCAGUUCUCCUGAAAAGGAGAAAGUCACUUUUGAAUGUGAAGUGUCAAGAGCAAAUGCUGAUGUCAAGUGGUUUAAGGAUGAUGAGGAACUGAAGCCAGGAAAGAAAUUUGGCAUUCAAUCCCAGGCCAACAAGCGCACCCUCCUCAUCCACAAGUGUGCGUUUGAGGACCAGGGCCAGUAUAUAUGUAAAACAACAGAUGACAAUACUUCAGCCAAGCUCACUGUUCAUGCCCGAGAUAUUAAAAUAGUGAAGCCACUGCAGGACAUGGAGGUGACAGAGAAGGAGAGCGCAACGUUUGUUUGUGAGGUCUCUCAUGAUGAGGUAGAGGCUCAGUGGCACAAAGGUGAUGCCAAACUCAAAGCCGGAGACAACAUCAAGAUGAGGCAGGAGGGAAGAACAUACGUACUACUCUUCAAAUCUGUAAAGGCUGAGGAUGCUGGUGAAAUCAAGUUCACAGCUGAGAAGGCCUUUUCAACCGCUAAACUGAAGGUUAAAGAACUGCCUGUCAGAUUUGUGAAGAAACUGAGAGACAAAAUCGCCAUGUAUAAACACCGCGCAUACUUAGAGUGUCAGGUGUCACGGGCCAGCGCUAAAGUCACAUGGUACAAGAACAAGUCAGAGCUCAGACCCAGCGAGAAGCACGAGAUCACCAGUGAGGACAUCUACAGGAAGCUCACCAUUAUCGACGUGGACUCUGAUGAUGAAGACACAUACAUGUGUGACGCCAUUGAUGAUAAGACUUCAUGUCAGCUACUUGUAGAGGAGCAGGCUAUCAGUAUAGUACGGGAGCUGAGUUCUGUGGAGGUGACCGAGCCGUUUGCCGCCCACUUUGAGGUGGAAGUCAGCGUGGAGACAGUCAAGCCAGUGAAAUGGAUGCUGAAUGGGGAACAGCUGAAGGAGAGUGCAGAUAUCGAGAUGGAAAAAGAGGGAACCAUGCACCGCCUCACUUUUAAGAAGACCAAGGCCUCCAUGUCAGGCCCGGUACAGUUCACAGCUGGAAAGAGCAAAUCAACAGCCGAGCUGAAAGUGAAAGAGCGUCCCAUUGAAGUCCUUGAGCCUCUCAAGGAUGUGUCAGCGAAGGAAAAGACUUCCACCACACUGUGCUGCAAGUUCUCUGCCCCACCAAAAGAAGUGCGGUGGUUUAAGGGUCAAACUGCUUUGGAGGCUUCUAGCAAGUACCUCAUGAAGCAAAAGGACGCCAACGUGCAGCUGAUUAUACAAGCUUUGAGUGCAGAGGACUCUGGAGAGUAUCGCUGUCAGGUCGGGGUCUGUGAGAGCAAAGCCAUUCUCAAAGUAGAAGUGCGUAAAAUCCAGAUCACCAGACAUCUGACAGAUGUGGAGGUGGAUGAAGAUGGUGAUGCUGUAUUCACCUGUGAGGUUAACUAUGCUGAUGAAGAAGUCCAAUGGACGCUCAAUGACAAGCUGCUUUUCAACAAUGAAGUCAAUGCCAUCACCCAUGUGGAUAAGACCCACACCCUCACUCUCAAGAACCUUGCACCUGAGGAUGGUGGGAAGGUGUCAUUCAGCAUCAGGGAUGUAAAAGAAACAGUAUGCCUGAAGGUCAAAGAAAAGAAAGCUGUCUUCCUGAAGUUGCUAGAUGAUGUAGUUGCAGAGGAGAAGGGUACAGUUGCCCUUAAGUGUGAAGCCUCAAAGCCCAGAGUGGCCCCUGUGUGGCGCAAAGAUGGUACAGUCUUGUCGGCAGGCAAAAAGUAUGAGCUACUCCAUGAUGGUAAGUCCUUGGGACUGACUAUCCAUGAUGUCAUGCAAGCUGACGCCGGGGAGUACAGCUGUGAUCUUGGCACAGACCUCUCCAAGUCCAAGGUCACUGUUAGAGAUAUCCACAUCGGGAUCACCAAGCGCCUUAAGUCGAUAGAGGCCAAAGCAGGUGAAAACUGCACAUUUGAGUGUAUCUUGUCCCGGGAAAGCUCAGAGAAGUGCUCCUGGAGCCUAAAAGGCCAAACCGUCACUGAUGGAGGCCGUUUCCAGAUAAGCAGCAAAGGGCGCAAAUAUACCUUAACAAUCAAAUCAGUCUCAGCUUCUGAUUCUGGUGAGGUGGUCUUCGCCCUCAAAGAUUUGAGCUCGAAGGCAACACUUUCUAUUGAGGGUGAAGUUCCUACCAUAUCUAAAGAGCUUCAGGGUGUUACUGCCAAAAUUGGUGAAAAUGCCACAUUCUCCUGUGAACUUUCUCAACCUGGACUGGAAGUGAAGUGGUCCAAGGAUGGCAAAUCUAUCAGAAAGAGCCAAAAAUAUGAAAUCAGUCAGGAGCAGAUGCUCAUAAAGCUGACUAUCCGCAACGUCACUGAGAAAGACUCUGGAGAAUACAGCUGCGAGGUCACUGGUGGUCCAACCUCCAAGGCUAAACUGGAGAUCAAAGACCUGACCAACAAAUUCAUUCGUGAGCUAAAGGAUGCCACUGCAGAAGAGAAUAGUGCUGUUUCCUUUGAAUGUGAAACCGCCCAACCUGCUGGUAAAGUCACUUGGCUGAAAGGAACAAAGGAGAUCAAGGCUGGAGGAAGGUAUGAGCUGACGCAGAGGGGAACCAUCCUCAUCCUCAAUGUGAAGGAUCUGGAGAAGAGUGACAGCGAGGUAUACACCUGUGACAUUGGCUCUACGAAGAGUACAGCCAAAUUGACAGUGAAAGUGGUGCCUGCUAGGUUCAAGGGGCAGAUGAAGAACCAGCAGGUUACCGAAGGCGGGAAAGUCUUACUUUCCUGCGAGCUCUCAAAACCUGGCUGCCAGGUGCAAUGGAAGAAGGGAACUAAAAGUCUGAAACAUGAGGGAAAAUAUCAGAUAACGCAGAGGGAUACCAUGUUUGAGCUACAGAUUUCAGACUUAGUGGCUGAGGACAGUGGAGAAUAUUCCUGUGAAUGCGGAAACGAGAAAACAACAGCAAAUGUUGUUGUCAGUGCAUUACCAGUGGUCUUCAAGCAUGAGCUACAGAGCCAAGAGUGUGAAGAAGGACACAGUGUUACUCUUCAUUGUGAACUCUCAAAACCUGGAGUUCCAGUUGUUUGGAAGAAAGGAACACAAGUGCUCCAUUCUGGGGAAAAGUACCUCAUCAAGCAAGAUGCAGCUACUUUAGAGUUGAAGAUUGUUGACCUCAAACCUGAAGAUGCUGGACAAUACACAUGUUUGUGUGGGGACAAAAAGACUACAGCAAACAUUAAGAUCAAGGCAUUACCACUGAUCUUCAAACGAGAACUACAGAACCAGGAGUGUCAAGAGAUGGACAGUGUUACUCUUCAAUGUGAGCUUUCCAAACCAGGAGUGCCUGUGGUUUGGAGGAAAGGAACUCAGGUGAUCCAUUCUGGAGAGAAGUACCACAUCAAGCAAGUUGGGUCUACUUUCGAGCUGAAGAUCACCGAUGUCAAACCUGAAGAUGCUGGAGUCUAUAGUUGUGAUUGUGGGUUUAACAAGACCUCAUCUACCAUUACCGUCAAUGCAUUACCAGUGGUCUUCACACAUGAGCUACAGAACCUAGAGUGUGAUGAAGGAGGCAGUGCUACUCUGUCCUGUGAGCUUUCCAAACCUGGCAUCUCUGUGCAGUGGAAAAAAGGAAGCCAUGUUAUCCAGUCUGGAGGAAAGUACACCAUCAGGCAGACUGCCUCAAAGGUGGAGCUGAAGAUCACUGAUCUCAAACGUGAAGAUGAAGGAGACUACACAUGUGUAUGUGGAGACAAGACAACCACAGCCAAUAUGAAGAUCAAGGCUCACCCAGUUCAGUUUACACAAGAACUGCUAAACCAAGCGUGUGAUGAAGAUGGCAGUGUUACUCUGCACUGUGAACUCUCAAAACCUGGAGUUCCUGUAAUUUGGAGGAAAGGAACACAGGUGAUCCACUCUGGAGGGAAGUACCUCAUCAAACAAGUUGGAGCUACUGUUGAGUUGAAGAUCAUUGGUGUUAAACCUGAAGAUGCUGGAAAUUAUGCUUGUGAUUGUGGAGAAAGCAUCACCACUGCUAACAUCAAAGUCAAUGCAUUACCAGUGGUUUUCAAGCGUGAGCUACAGAAACAAGAGAUUCAAGAGGGGGACAGUGUUACUUUGCACUGUGAACUCUCAAAACCUGGAGUUCCUGUGGUUUGGAGGAAAGGAACACAGGUGAUCCACUCUGGAGGGAAGUACCUCAUCAAACAAGUUGGAGCUACUGUUGAGUUGAAGAUCAUUGGUGUCAAACCUGAAGAUGCUGGAGAUUAUGUUUGUGAUUGUGGAGACAACAUCAGCACCACUAUCAUCAAAGUCAAUGCAUUACCAGUGGUCUUCAAGCGUGAGCUACAGAACCAAGAGAUUCAAGAGGGGGACAGUGUUACUUUGCACUGUGAACUUUCAAAACCUGGAGUGCCUGUGGUUUGGAGGAAAGGAACACAGGUGAUCCACUCUGGAGGGAAGUACCUCAUCAAACAAGUUGGGGCUACUGUUGAGUUAAAGAUCAUUGGUGUUAAACCUGAAGAUGCUGGAAACUAUGCUUGUGAUUGUGGAGACAGCAUCACCACUGCUAACAUCAAAGUCAAUGCAUUACCAGUGGUCUUCAAGCGUGAGCUACAGAACCAAGAGAUUCAAGAGGGGGACAGUGUUACUUUGCACUGUGAACUCUCAAAACCUGGAGUUCCUGUAAUUUGGAGGAAAGGAACACAGGUGAUCCACUCUGGAGGGAAGUACCUCAUCAAACAAGUUGGAGCUACUGUUGAGUUGAAGAUCAUUGGUGUUAAACCUGAAGAUGCUGGAAAUUAUGCUUGUGAUUGUGGAGACAGCAUCACCACUGCUAACAUCAAAGUCAAUGCAUUACCAGUGGUCUUCAAACGUGAGCUACAGAACCAAGAAAUUCAAGAGGGGGACAGUGUUACUUUGCACUGUGAACUCUCAAAACCUGGAGUGCCUGUGGUUUGGAGGAGGGGAACACAGAUGGUCCACUCUGGAGGAAAGUACCUCAUCAAGCAAGUUGGCUCUACUGUUGAGCUGAAGAUCACUGAUGUCAAACCUGAAGAUUCUGGAGACUAUGUUUGUGAUUGCGGAGACAGCAUGACAACGGCCAACAUCAAGGUUAACGCUUUUCCAGCAAUCUUCACAAAAGAGUUACAGAACCAGACAGCUAUUGAAGGAGAGAGCAUCAUUUUCCAUUGUGAGCUCUCCAAACCUGCAGUUCCUGUGGUUUGGAGGAAAGGAACUCAGGUGAUCCACUCUGGAGGAAAGUACCUCAUCAAACAAGUUGGCUCUACUGUUGAGCUGAAGAUCACUGAUAUCAAACCUGAAGAUGCUGGCGACUAUGCUUGUGAUUGUGGAGACAGCAUUACAACUGCCAAUGUCAAGGUUAAUGCACUUCCAGCCAUCUUCACACAAGCACUGAAGAACCAAACAGCUGUUGAGGGAGAGAGCAUUAGCUUCCAGUGUGAGCUCUCCAAAGCAGACAUUCCAGUUGAGUGGCGCAGGGGUGAAAUUGGCCUAUGCCCCUGUGCUAAAUAUGAAUUCAAGCAAGAUGGUCACCAUGCCCAACUUGUCAUACAUGACCUUGAGCCUGAGGACUCUGGUGACUAUAUUUGUGACACCGGAGAACGCCAAAGCAUUGCAUAUUUGGAGGUUAAGGCACUGCCAGUUCUUUUCAAAUCAUCUCUGAAAGAUUUGGAAACUGAGGCUGGGGAAAAUGCAGUGUUUCGAUGCGAACUUGCGAAACCUGGAGCCAAAGUCAUCUGGAGGAAAGACAAGAGUGUAAUAGAAGCAAGCAACAAAUGUCAGCUGAAGCAAGAUGGAGCUGUUGUUGAGCUUAUUAUUUACAAGCUGCAGGGAGGAGACUCUGGAGAAUACUCGUGUGAGACAGAACAUGAUCGGACAUCUGCCAAACUCGCCGUGAAGGAACCUGAAAUCAUGAUCUUAACUGGCUUGAAGAGCUGCAUUGUCAAUGAAGGCGAGGACGUUCAUUUUGAAUGCCUUGUCUCUCAUGAUAAUGCACUCAUUGUUCAGUGGACACUGCAAGACGUUCCACUACAGAACAAUGAGAUGAAUGAAAUCCGAAUGGAAGGCAAAAGGCACACACUCACACUAAGAAGUGUCACCCAGAAAGACUCAGGCACGGUGUCCUUCCAUGUUGGUGCCCACACUUCUUUUGCUUGUCUUACAGUCAGAGAAAUCCCAGUGCAAUCUUUUUCGAAGGAGUUGACAAGCCAGGAAGUCACAGAGGGAGGCAGCGCCUCAUUAUGUUGUGAAACUUCAAUCCCUUGUGCCAGCGUGACCUGGAAGAAGGGCACUCAGGUCCUAUCUGAUGGAAAGAAGUAUUUCAUAAAGAGUGAUGGCACAAUCCAAACGUUGGAGAUCCAUAAGCUAUCAGUGGAAGAUGGUGGCGAGUACAUAUGCGAGGCAGGAGACAAACGAAGCAAAGCCACAUUAACCGUCAAAGAAUGUGUAAAAAUCACGCGAGAAUUAAAGGAUGUGACUGUGAUAACGGGCGAGGAUGCUAUCUUCCGGUGUGAAGUGUCCCAAACAGGGGUUACGAAUGUCGAGUGGUGGCUCGGCUCCAACCACCUUCAAAACAAUGACUUAAAUCAAAUCAGCUGCCAAGGAAGGGAACAUAGCCUAGUGCUGAAAAUGGUCACACCCGAUGAUUCAGGUGAUGUAGCCUUUGUGGUUGGCCCUGAGAAGAGUGUCGCCUACUUGGUGGUGCAGGAGAAACCCAAAGUCGUAUUCUUAGAGAAGCCUCUGGACUUAACUGCCAAAGAGGGUCAAACAGUCACACUGUCCUGCAUGACUUCUGACCCUGAGGCCUCUGUCGCCUGGUACAAAGACCAGGAGAUGAUAAAGGCAGGGGGCAGGUAUCUGCUCUACAAGGAUAGAGCCGUCCAUCAGCUCCGUAUCCUUAGGGUGGAGGAAGGGGAUGCAGGGGUGUAUACGUGCAAAACCAAAGAUGCAGAAAGCUGCGCCACCCUUACUGUAAAAGGUCAACCUGCGUACUUCCAGAAGGAAUUAGAGAACCAGAAUGCAAUUGAGGGAGAUAGUAUCACAUUGCGCUGUGAACUCUCUAAACCAGUUAAAAGUGUAGAGUGGAGAAAGGGUGGAGUGGUGCUCCAACCCAGUAAGAAAUUUGAGAUGAAAAAGGAAGGAUGCGUGCUGGAGCUCCAUAUCCAUGAUCUGGAACCAGAGGACAAUGGCUACUACACUUGUGAUGCUGGAAACCAGUUGACCACAGCAUCAGUCACAGUGCAAGAGGCUGAGGUCCUCAUAGUGUCGGGUAUAAAGAAUACAGAUGUGUUUGUGGGCGAACAGGCAAUUUUCUCCUGCCAGCUCUCUCGCCGUGCCAAAGGCAGAGUUCAGUGGUGGCUAGAUGGCACUCGUUUGGAGAACAGUACCUUCAGUGAAAUAAGUGUGGGUGAAGACCAUGUCCACACUCUCACCCUAAGGAACCUUUCUCCCAAUGAUUCGGGUACAGUCUUGUUCAAAACAGGUGGCCUGACAUCCUCCGCCAAACUGUUAGUGAAAGAUCCCAAUGUGGAGGUGGUCAGUGCCAUGGAGGACCAAUAUGUAGCAGAGAACCAGCCUGCAGAGUUCAUCUGUCAGUACUCCAGGCCAGUCAAGGCCAUAUGGAAGCGAAACGGCAUACCUGUGCAAGCAGACGGUCGCAGGGUAAUAGUGGAACAGGACUGGACUGUUGCGAGGUUGUACAUUAGCUGUGUGGAGCCCCAGGAUGGGGGGAUGUACUCCUGUGAGGCAGAAGGAACCUCUGUUUUGGCACAUCUCAGGGUGCAAGCUAAACCCAUUGACAUUCUCCAAGAGCUGAGUAACGUGGAGACCAUUAAUGGUGGGGAAGCACUUUUUGAAUGCUCCUUGUCACGUCCUGAAACCAAAGACUGCCGGUGGUUAAUCGAUGGCAAGCCUGUAAAGGAGUCGGCAAAUGUGGAGAUUGUUUCCUUUGAGAGUGGCCGACGACAUCUUCUGCUCUUAAAGGACUUGCAUCCUUGUGAAAACACGAGGGUUACAUUCCAAGCUGGCACUUCAUCAACUACUGCUCUUCUGUCUGUCAAAGCUUGGCAACUGGAGGUGGUCAAGCCUUUGGAAGAUAAGACCGCCAUUGCAGGAGAACAAGUUGAGUUCACUUGUGCUUUGAAUGAAGCUGUGCCUGAGAGUGAAGUGACUUGGUAUGCAAAUGGUGUUGAGCUUCAACAUAAUGACCAAUGGGCCAUGAGAGCCAGUGGCUCUUCCUACAGCCUCAUUUUGAAGAAAGCCCAGGCUCGGCCCACACAGGAAAUCACAUUUGCAGCUCGGGAUGCAUUAUCAUUGGCCAAACUCACCACAAUUGCUGUGCCUGAUCCUCCUGAAGACCCAGAGUUGGUGAGUAAAGGCCCAACAUUCGUUACCUUGUCUUGGUUCACCCCUCUCAGUGAUGGAGGAAGCCCAAUCAUUGGUUACCGUGUGGAAAUGCGUCUAGUGGACAGUGUCCUCUGGCUUCCCUGCCACACAGAACCAGUGUGCAACACUGAAUUUCUGGUUGAAAACCUCAUACCAGGGGCAGGUUACAGAUUCAGAGUGGCAGCCAUUAACCGUGCUGGCAUUGGAGAGCCUGUCCAGCUGCCUCAAACCGUGACGCUCGAUGCACCAGUGACCAUGACCAAAAUGUUAACCAGCUCUGAGCUCCAAAAAGGAAAGAUGGUUCGUUUGGAGUGUGAACUUUCUGCAGAGAGUAAAUCAGUCACAUGGCUCAAGGACAACAGAGAGAUAGAGGCUGGGGCCAAAUACCAAGAGUGUGCCGAGGGCAAUAGCCAAGUUUUGCUCAUUAAGGAUUUCCAGUCUACAGACCAGGGUGUCUAUUGUUGUGUAGCCUCAGAUGAGGCAAAAACUUCAAUCAACCUCAACCUUGAAGAUGACACGACACUUUCUCAGGAUGCAGGCAGCCAACCCAAACUGCCUCCUGAGGCUGCUUCAGAGGGAGAUUUACACGCUCUGUGGGAGGCAGUGGCCAAGAAGCGGAGAAUGAGUCGGGAACCUACAUUAGAUUCAAUUUCCGAAUUGCCAGAAGAAGAUGGAAAAGAAAAGGUGCAAAGCAAAGAAGGAAAAGUACCUGAAAAAGAAGUGAAAGAGAAAGAGAGAGCUGUUGAGCCAGCUCCCAAAAUCACAGCAGAGCCUAAUCUCUAUACCAGUUCUGAUGAGGAAUCUCUCAGUGGGACAACAAGCUUGGUGUCUUACCUUAAGAAAAGCAGCAAGUCCUCCAUGACUGUGGAAAGUCACACUGAGACCAUUGCCUCCAAGAAACUGUAUGAGCACUUUCAGAUGACUGAGCAAUCUGUUACAAAGACAUCUGUGGAACCAGUCAUGGAAGCUCAGAAAGGGGAUGAGUUGCAAGAUGCUGCUGUCAAGAUUCAGGCAGCCUUCAAAGGUUAUAAAGCCAGGAAGGACAUGCGACCAGUCUUCAAAGAAGUAUUUAAAGAGCAGACUAAGGAGCCCAAUGGGACAAUUCAUCUUGAGUGCAUUGUGGAGGGUAAGCCAGAUAAAGUUCGCUGGCUAAAGGAUGGUGAACCCUUAAUAGAUGGCAAGCACCACCAUAUUGACAUCUAUAAUGAUGGUACCUGCUCUCUAGUAGUAACAGCUGCCACAACCAAAGACACAGGUGUAUAUACUUGUGAAGUCACCAAUAAGUUUGGCAUUUCCACUCAUAGUGGUAAAGUCACCAUAGGGUCAAUGCGGGAAUCUUCUGGGCGACGACCCCUCACUCUGGGCUACAGUGCAGAUAGUGAAGCUGAGAGCUCAUCAGGCAGUGAGAUGGAUGAGACUUUACGUCAGGCAAGUAAACGAUUGCGGCGACUUUUUCGUACUCGCCUUCCUCCGGAUGUGGAGGAGGAACCUUUUGUGAGUGCGGAUGAAGGAGAUUUACCUCCACCAGAUCUACAGUCUUACCGGGAAGACGAUCAGUAUAUCUACAUCCGCUUUGAUAAUCGUGCAGAAGCCCAAGUGGCUUCCCAGCGCUUCCAGGAAAUGUUUACUUUUCAAGGAGGACCCAUUGAAACGGCCAUCAUAGCAGCAGCAGGUUCUAAGGUAGAGCUGCGUAUCACAAAGAUGAGCCUCUCCCAAGAUGGCUCCCAAACCCCAACUCAGGACCAACCAAUGCCUGCUUUCAUGACAGGAACCCCUGCGGCCCCCGUCUUCCUGACGGAGCUUCGUAGCCAGGAUGUUCCUGAUGGAUUUCCAGUCAGUUUUGACUGCGUAAUUGUCGGCAAACCCUCUCCCACUGUGCGAUGGUUCAAGGAUGGAAAGCUGUUAGAGGAAAACGACCACUACAUGAUCAAUGAAGACCAGGAAGGCCGUCACCAGCUGAUCAUCACAGCUGUGCUCCCCACAGAUAUGGGCGUAUAUCGAUGCAUGGCUGAAAAUGACAGUGGCAUCGCCUCCAGCAAGGCUGAGCUGAGGGUGGACAUAUCUUGCAGCUCAGACUAUGACACAGCAGCUGAUGCCACAGAGACGUCUUCCUAUGUCAGUGCUAAAGGCUAUGUGUCUAGCUCGGAGCACAGGGACACCGAGGCUUUUGAGUCGGUGGCAGAGGACGAGCAGCUUCCUCAGGUUGUGGAUGAGUUACAUGAUUUAUUCCUCAGUCCUGGAGCACCCAUUGCCAAAAUGAGUGUUAGGGUCAAAGGAUUUCCCACACCAAGAGUUUACUGGUUCAAAGAUGGCACCCCACUUCAAGCCUCCAGCAGAAUUGUAUUGUCGACCGAGCGAGAUCAGCACAGUCUUGAGAUUUUGGAUGUUAAGCGCGAGGACACCGGAGAAUACUCGGCAUACAUUAGCAAUAUAGCUGGAUCUGCCUACUCUUCAGCACGACUGAAUGUACUGGCUCCUGGAGAAAGGCCAGCACCUGAACAGGGACGAAUGAGAGAUUCAAAGGUGCCACUUGUGCCACCACGUUUCCUGGAGAGGUUCAGCAACAAGAAGGUGAAACAGGGAGCAAGUAUAACCCUGUCAGUCAAAGUGGAAGGUUCCCCAACCCCAUCUGUGAACUGGUUAAAGGAAGUGUCGGAUAAGGAUGUUUUAUGGAUCAAGGCAGACACACCAGGUUACAAGGUGGCCAGCUCUGGUUGUCAACAUAGUCUAAUCCUCAUGGAAGUGGAAAAAAAACAUAGUGGCAUGUACACUUGCAUUGCCACCAACCGUGCUGGACAGUCGGUUAACACAGCCCGGCUGGAUGUGGAGACAGCAGCACCAGAGCAAAAGAGCAAAGUGGGGGCAGAGGUUAUGGGAAUUACCAUUAGCCCACCGGAGGAAGCGGGCAAAGGGGAGGUCAAACUACCUUACCUGGGUGAAGUGGGUACAGAGGAAUUCUUACAAAAACUCACAACCCAAAUCACUGAAAUGGUAUCUGCCAAGUUCACUCAAGACAGCUUACAGAACCAUCAAGUGCUCCAGUGGAUGAAAUCUUGGCCAAAAGUAACCACUACAUUACGUGUCCCAGGAGCUGAAAGUGAUGAUGAAACAAAAACACCAUCACCAUCUCCAUAUCACGGCCGAUCACGCCCUCCAUCUCUGAUCGCAGACUCAUCAUCUGAAUCGGAUGAAGGAGAUGCCAGGGGAGAGAUGUUUGAUAUCUACGUGGUGACAGCUGAUUACAACCCCAUGGGUGUCAGUAAAGAUGCCAUCGCUCUGAAAGAGGGCCAGUAUGUGGAGGUUCUGGACUCCGCCCACCCACUCAAAUGGCUGGUCCGCACCAAGCCUACCAAAUCCAACCCGUCUCGCCAGGGAUGGGUCUCACCUGCAUAUCUUGACAAAAGACUGAAGCUGUCUGCAGAUGUAACAGACGUCCCAGAGACCACCAGAGAGGAAGUCACCGAGACAGAGUACAAGAAGAAACUCUGUCAACUUGCUCAGGAGCUGAUCAACACAGAGACCGAGUUUCUGAAGGAGAUUGAGUUCGUCACAUCACACCAUCUGAAGCGUGUGGAUGACGAGAGCACACCACCUGAUAUCGCCAGCCAGAAGGAAACAAUCUUCCGUAAUAUCAGUGAUUUGAAAUCCUUCCACAGCAGCUCUUUGCUGCCUGGUUUGCGUGAUUGUGACACGGAUGAUGACAUUGCCAUGCAUUUCUUGAGAAACUCUGAAGGUUUUGAGAAAUAUCUGCAGUAUCUCAUUGGACAGUCACAGGCUGAGUCCGUUAUCAGUGAUAAAGAAGUGCACCAAUAUUUCAAGAAUUAUACAGUCUCAGAGUUGGCAAAUGUUGACACCUCAGAGGGUCCGGUGCUCAGUAUCAAUGCUUACCUUCAGAAACCACCAGAGAGAAUUCAAAAGUACAGGGUUUUACUGAAGGAACUGAUCCGGAACAAAGCAAGGAACGGUCAGAACUGCUGUUUGUUGGAGCAGGCCUAUGCUAUGGUGUCAUCCCUCUCCCAGCGCUCAGAGAACACACACCAUGUAUCUCUCAUUGAGAACUACCCCGCCAAUCUGGAGGCGUUGGGAGAACCUAUUAGACAGGGGCCUUUCACUGUUUGGGAAGGAGCUCCUGGAAUUCGAUCAUCUGCCAGAGGUCACCACCGCCACGUUUUCCUCUUCAAAAACCAUGUGGUCAUCUGCAAGCAGAAGAGAGACACAAAUAUGGACACCCAAACAUAUGUGUUCAAGAAUAUGAUGAAGCUCACGAACAUUGAUGUGAACGAGACCGUGGAGGGUGAUGAGAGAGCAUUUGAGAUCUGGCAUGAGCGUGAGGACUCUGUGAGAAAAUACACACUGCAGGCGCGGACUGUCAUCAUCAAGAACUCAUGGCUGCGCGACCUCCGUGACCUUCAGCAGCGUUAUAGCAUGCCAGCGUGGAGCCUUCCAGAUUUCGACUCAGUGUUGACAGACCUCACAGCAGAGCUCGGACAGACAGUAAAGCUCGCCUGCAAGGUCACCGGUGCCCCUAAACCACAGGUCACCUGGUACAAAGACGGGCGAGCUGUGGAAGCGGAUCCUCAUCACAUCAUCAUUGAGGACCCAGACGGCUCUUGCACACUCAUAUUGGACAACAUGACGGCAGACGACUCUGGCCAGUACAUGUGCUUUGCCACCAGCUCUGCGGGCAACGCCAGCACACUAGGCAAAAUCACAGUGCAGGUACCUCCACGUUUUGUGAAUAAGAUCCGGAACGCCACACUCUUUCCAGGGGAAGAUGCUCAGUUCACCUGCACCAUUCAGAGCGCACCAAGUCCCAAGAUAAGAUGGUUUAAGGAUGGUAAACUUCUAACAGACCAGGAGAAGUUUCAGACAUACAGUGAACCACGCAGUGGAGUGUUGGUCCUAGUUAUCAAGAGCCCUGGAGAAAGAGACCUCGGACACUAUGAGUGUGAGCUGUCGAACCGUCUGGGCAGUGCCAGGUGUGCGGCACAGCUCAUCACUCCUGCUGUGGCAAUGGCGGGAGAACGUCGAGCAGAUCAGGCCAUCACUAUAGAAGUAACGGAACAAGAGACGAAAAUACCGAAGAAAACCAUAAUUAUCGAGGAGACCAUCACCACAGUGGUGAAGAACACUCGUAUGAAACGCCACGCUUCCCCUCGACCAUCGCCCAUGGGCGCUUACCGCUCAGAGACGUCCACUCCCGAACCUCCCAGACAGAGACGAACCCUGGCCAGGAAGACUGUACCGACAGUGUACGUUCAAGAGCCAGAGGGUGCCACGGCCAGGAACCCAAGAUGGGUGGAAGUCGAGGAAAUAAUCGAGUAUAAAGUGAACAAAUCACCCAAGUUACCAAGGAGAAGGGGCGUUUCCCCCAGCAAGUUGUCACCACUGGGCAAUCCAAACACUAAUAACUCCAACAACAAGUUAGUAGAGGAGACAAUGGGUGCCGCAAUGGCUCUACAAGCGUCUUCUGGUACGGAUGAAGAGGAAACAGUGCACAAUGUGUCUGAGGUUGACAAUAUGACAACAUACCCAACCGUUAUUGGAGAAAUUAGCGACCCAUGCGUCUUGGUUGACUCUGAUGAAGAUGAAGAAGGAACUGUUGUCUUGGAGCCCGAAGACGACGAACUUGGUGCCCGAGACUGCAAAAUACUGACCGAUGGGAAUCGAGUUCUUAAUCUUGAAGACCUCGAGGACUACGUCCCUCAGGAAGGGGAGACUUUCGGCAGCCAUACAGACCAUCACGUCCCUGUUGAGAAGCCAAGCGAGAUCUCGGUGGUGCAGAGAGAAAUUAACGAGCCUGUCAUUGGCAAACCCAUUCUGCUGCACGUCGGACGUCCAGUGGCAGCCGCAAAGCCUAGCAUGGGUUUCUUCGGUUCCUUCAAGGAACACAUUUCCAGCAUGUUUACUCCAGGUUCAUCGGUGAGCGGCAGCUCUCGGUCAAGGCGAGAGAAGACCAUACCUAUUCAUGUGACAAAAGAACCCAACAGUUCACACCAUGCCAGUAGCUUUGCGAAGUUUGACAUCCAGCCGACGUACUGCUCCGAGGUCCAGAGAGGAAAAGAAGGAGGUCUGCAGAGCUUCAAAACGCAAGUGUCCGCACAAACCUGCAGCUACACACCAACCGGACAAGUCACUCUUCAGAUCAGCAAGAAGAAGCCAUUUGAAAAGCAGUAAUCCUCAGGAUAGAGUCUUCUAAGCUUGUUUCCGGCGUGCAAGUAGCCCUGGUCUUUAAUGGGAACACUUCUGUAAAAUCUAAUUCAAUCGCAAAGUUUCUGCUAACAGCAGAUCAUUCCAUGUUGAGGCAACACUUUUUGCAUAGGAUUCACUUGCCAAACUCGAUGCCUUUAUAUCUACCUAAUUAAGACUUUUUAGUUACUUGACUUCCCGUAAGCGCAAAAUCAAAUGUGCAGCUGCACUUGGGAAAGGCAAGUUCAACAUAAAUGUGCAAAUAUGGACAGUACAGCUAUCUUUUUGUCUAAAGGACAUACUAAGAAAUGUGUCUAUGUCAAGAAAUCCAAAUUAAACUCCUUUGGACUCCAACAAUAAGAUUGUGGAUGUCAUUUAUGUCCCAGACAGCAACAUAGUGUGGCCCAGAUCCGGCCCACAUCUGUGAUUACAUGCGGACCAGAUGUGGGCCAGAUCUGGGUCGACACUACGUUGCUGUCAGGAGUGCUGUAUGAAAUUAAUGUACCUCAGAAAUACAUAUAUAUAUAAUAUUUGAGUGUUUUUCAACAUCUAAAAAGCCAAAUCAACUUUUUCUGUCAGGUUGAUUGCAUGAGUUGUUAUUUGGUGUAAAACACUGAGGCUUGUUGAAUCGGAGGUCUAUGUUAAUGUAUCAAAAACUUUGGAUAUGUCAACUUGCGCUGAAGAUUUUAAUGUUGAAAUGUGAAUGUACGGGGUUUUUGUAGACUGACAAAAGAAUAGCGGUGGGAGAUUUUAAGACUUAAGAACCAUAACAAACACAAAAUCUAUUUAAUGACUUUAGAAGAUUUAUUUUAAAAAGUAUUUCUUGUGCAACAUGACUUUAAGCACAUAGUAUUUACAGAUUUAAAAAGUUUUGAGAUUUACUGGAGUAAUACUAAUUUAUAUAUAUAUAUAUAUAUAUAUAUAUAUAUAUA